CCCCCGGAUUGAUUGAUAAGCCAAGUUUGUAUGAAAUCAUAAAAAAAACAAACCCCAUCAGAAAAAAAAAAAAAAAAAACCACCAUCAACAACAACAACAGCAGCCCAACAAACUCAAGCAAACCAACAAACAACCAUGUUCAAACCAACAACAACUAACACAAGCACCAGCAUCACCACCACCACCACCACCACCACCACACCAACAACAACCAACAACAACAGCAACUUCCCCUCCAUCAAUCCAACCCAACUCAUUCAGACCAUCAACAACCAACCAGAACAAAACCAUCUAAUCCUAGACAUCAGAACACCAUCAGCAUUCAAACGACACCAUCUCAAACAAUCCAUCAACCUCAACCUACCCACAACCCUACUCAAACGACCACUCUACGGACCAGACAAGAUUGAAUCCGGCUUACCAACACCAGAAGAACGUCAACGAUUCGAGAGAUAUAAGACUGCACUACCCAACUCAACCAUCGAAUCAAAUAAAAGAUUACAACUAAUCAUCGCCAUCGAUCAGGAUGCCCGUCUCGUCAACCCAAACCAUCCACUAAGCCUCCUCCUCAAGAAAUUCAACUCACUCGGAUUCACUGGGAAACUGGUCUGGCUAAACGGUGGAUUUCAAGGACUAUUGAGCCUAGCCGAACGAUCGGAUUGGUCCAAGAAACUCUUAAACUCUCAAGAAUCCACUCAAUCCACUACAAACAUCCCAGAUCAAGACAACGGUAGUAGUACAACCACCCCAAACGAAUUAAGGAUGUCUCUCUCAAUCCCACUACCACUCUCAGCCUCACUCCCAACACCCCCAGUACAGACCAAUCAUCAUCAAGCACCUCACACCCCUACCACUCGUCCUACCAACGAUCGUCCUCAGCCCACUAGCUACUCAAAGACCAAACGAGUUCACAUGAGUCUCAGCAUGCUCCCGCCUACCUCCAGCCCCUGCCCAGAAUCUCCCUCCUCACGUAACUCAACACUCGGCUCGGGCCCUCGCUAUCCUAAUUUGACGAACUCGAGUGACUCCAACCAGUCUAAGCAACUACCACCCAAACCCAACAGCACAUCGGCCUUAAACCCCUUCUUCGACAACAUCCGACAACUCAACGAGCGUCUCUCACUCUCCUCCUCACUCCAAAACCUCUCUCCGAUCGAACUUCCCGAGCUCACCCACCCUACCCGCGACCUCCCUCGUCUCCCAGCCUUCCUCCGUCGUCUCAUCCAAGACUCUCCUAUCGAACGCGCAAGGAGACUGGCUCAUGAAUUCCACGAUCUCGAAAUGGCCGAGCAACUUCGUCUCGAAGACGUCAUGCGUUGGGAAUCCAAUCGCUCCCUCACCUCCUCUUCUCGCCCUCCCUCCUCUUCCCCUGCCAUCUCCACCCCUCAUCUAUCUCAAACCUCUCACCUCACUCAACCGAGUCAAAAUAAGACUAUCGAAGGUUCCAUUGCGGCCAAUCGACAUCAUCAUCCAUUUAGUAUCAGUGCCGGCGUUGAAUUAGGCUAUAAGAAUAGAUACAAAAACAUAUGGCCUUAUGAACAUACUAGGAUCCGAUUAAGGCCAGGACAGGGGCGAAGGAACGAGACAGAUUACAUGAAUGCAUCGAUGAUAAGUUUUCGAUCGGAUGGAGCGCCUGCGUCGAUCGGCUCGACCCAUGUCGGGACUCGACGAUACAUAGCAACGCAAGGGCCCUUGACGUCGACCUUCGAAGACUUCUGGUCGGUGGUAGGCGCAGAGGAUGUGGGUUUGAUUAUCAUGAUCACCAGGCGCCACGAGGCCGGACGGGAGAAGUGUGCGGAUUAUUUACGCAAUGGACAGUACGGCGACCUGGUGGUCUCCGUCGACCACCGCCACUCGCGUGAUGGUGGGUCGGGUGGGAUCGAGUCGGAUGGAGACGAGGAGCGAGAGAUGGCCAGCGGCUUCUUCGGCUUCUCAUCCGGCCCCGUCUCGGGCAACCACGACGAUCAUAUCAAGGAAGCAUCCCUCGACCCCCGUCCCCAACCAGCCGAUCGGCCAGCCAAGGCCGGUGUGCUUCGUAAGACCGUCCGACUCAGUAGGACACUCGCCAGACUCCUGCCGACAGAUCGCUCACAUCAGUACAGAGGCUGGCGACUCGACGUCCUCUGCGCCGAGAGUGCUCGACUGAUGCGAGUCUCAGAGGGCAUCCCAAGAGAUCCAACGCCUCAACGCUCAAGCCAUUGA